AUGGAGAGCAGUGAGGGGAGCUACGUCUCAUCAGGAGAGGAGGAGGAGGAAGAGCUCGCCUCUUUCCAGCUCAGCGAUGAACUUCAAGAUCUAGAGAAGCAGCUGUCCCACAUCCAAGUCCAUAUUCCUGAAGUUGUAUUGUAAGGCGGGUCUUAAAGUCCAUCUCUGUGUGAACAUGGAAACACCAGCUUCAUCCACACCUUCCUGGCUUAGUCUUUGCUACAGAAACCCCAGCCCAAAGCAAAAGAUUUUGCAUUCUUCUAAAACAGAUGGGGAGCCUGUGGUCCUCCAAAUGUUGAUGGACUCCAACUUCCAUCAUACCCAGGCAUUUGGCUGGGGCUGAUGGGAGUUGUAGUCCAGCAACAUCUGGAGGGCACCAGGUUGGGUAGGACUGGAAUAUGUAGACAGUAACUGAGCUAGAUGGUUCAAUGGUCUGGCACAGUGUAAUUCAGCUUCCUAUGUUCUUAAAGCAGGAGAGGGGAACCUCUCACUAUCUGGCCCUUAGGACUCACUCCAGGCAACACACCCUCUCCACCCACACCUCUCACCAGCCUUAUUUCACAUCCUCCUUGUGUGAUUUUGCCUGGCUGGGAUGUGUCCUUGUCGGUGAAUGACUAAGGGACUUGGGAACAGUUGAGGGAACUGGCUGUGUUUAGCCUGGAGGAGAGGAGACUAAGAGGUGAUAUGACAGCCACCUUCAAUUAUCUGAAGGGCUGCCACAUGGAAGAUGGAGCAAGCUUGUCUACUCCUGCUCUAGAGGCAGGGGCCUGAGCUGUGGAUUCAAGUGGCGAGAAAGGAGAUUCCAACAAAACGUUAGGAAGAAUUUUCUGAGGGUAAGAGUUCAACAGCAGAUUGGACUCUCAUGGAGGUUUGAUGGCCAUCUGUCAGGGAUUCUUUAGCUAUGGUUCCUGCAUAUCGGGGUUAGGCUAGAUGACCCUUGGCGUUCCUUCCAACUCUGCAGUUCUAUGAUUCUAUGAACUCCUAUGAUGCCUCUUGCUUGCCUGAUGAAAGGAUAGAGAGGGGUGUGCCAGUGUGUGUGAAACUAGAGUACUGUAGAAAGGAAAAAUGUUCACUCUUGCUUCUGACCUCACCUGCCCACCCCACCCCCCCAAAGUUGCCCAGGAGGGAACAUGGCCCAUGAGCUGAAAAAUGUUCCCUGCCUUUGUCCUAAAAGAAGGAGCUUGCUUGUACAGUGGUACCUCUGGUUACGAACUUAAUUCGUUCUGGAGGCCUGUUCUUAACCUGAAACCAUUCUUAACCUCAAGUACCACUUUAGCUAAUGGGGCCUCCUGCUGCCACCGCGCCGCCAGCGCACGAUUUCGGUUCUCAUCGUGAGGUAAAGUUCUUAACCCGAGAUACUACUUCUGGGUUAGCGGAGUCUGUAACCCUAAGCGUUUGUAACCCGAGGUGUUUGUAACCCGAGGUACCACUGUAUUGAAUGCUGCAAGGAUGGUGCUAACCCAUUGCUCUACAAAUGGCCCAUUUAUCCACUUGUUCUUCUGCAUACAGUGAAUUUGACUGGAGUUCCGUUGACACCAGCAACCUACCCGAGUCCUACAAGACAAACUCUCCCAAGGAGCAAAUGCUGUUGCAGGUGGCUGACAAUUUUCACCGACAGUAUGCGCAUCUCUGCCCAGACCGCGAGCCUCUCUUCCUCCACCCUAUAAACGAAUGCCGUGUGGAAGUAAGUGGAAGGGCUGGGAUUGGUCCAAGAGCUUUACUCAGCUUACAAUUACAAUUACAUGGACAGAGUUUUGCAUGAGGUAAGGCUCACCAUGCCUUAGCUAACAAGCUCUUUUCAGAACCAGGCUCAGACUCUUACCUUCACUUACCAUAUACUUCACUGGGUGGCCUUCCAGAUCUGGGACAAGGUUACUUUGCAUUGUUUCUGCGUACAUCCUCCCUGUGUAGAUAAUAAAACUCUGUUUAGACAUUUUGAGUUCUCACAAGGAGUCCUGGGAAAUGCAGUGUAGUGAGUUUCCCAAUCACCCACCUUCACCAAUUACAGUACUCCAGGAAGAAUGACUCAUAAGCCAGUUUAAUACUGUAAUGGAGAUAUGCACAUAUCUGUGCUAUACCUAGUGCUGGUGCCAGGCAAAUUUGCACCCUAGGCAAGGCUAACUACUUGCACCCAGGCUCAAAGAUUGCUCACUUCAAUUUUCAGAAACGUAUGUCUUGUAUAAAAAAUGAAAAGGACAUAACUUGAAGCUGCUAAAUUUAUUUUAAAUUGCAAGAAUAAUUAAAACAACAAUCUUUGAUUGUCUUUCUCAAAUACAAAAGAAAAUGUAGCACGCAAAUCAUUUUGAAUAAUCCUGUAGAGUGUGGUGUUAAAAUUUAAGGCUCUUAAAAGUCUCGGUUUCAGGCACGUCAAAAUCUCACUUUACAUGCCUUUUCCUAUGCCAGUUUUGUCACCAAUUCCUUCAGGUCGAGUGCUGAUACCUGGGCAUGUUCAUUUGAUAUACAGGUGACUCCCCACUUAUGUGGGGGCUACAUUCUGAGCCCCACACACACAUAAGCGAAAUUGUAUAAAGUGGGGAGCACCCUCUAUACACCCUUUAAACGCCCUCUCUGCCACUCUCUUCCAUCCAUACCAAAAAUACUGUGUCCAAAAAUAUCCACAACUAGAAUUGAAACCCUGGAGCUGGCAAAAUGCUGGAGGACAUACAGGUAAGCUGCUACUACUGCUGUGCUACCCCCCACACCAGCUGUUAGGCAGGGAGGCUGGGCAGCAUAAACAAAGCCCUGUUGCAUCUCCAGUCUCUUUGGGGCUUCCUCUGCCCACAGUGACAUCCUCUUCAGGCUCCGGGGAGGGUCUCCUUGCAAGCCACAAGGACUCUCCAGGUCUCUCCUACCAUUUCCAAGUUUGAAUUGAAGUACCGUAUUUUUUGCUCUAUAAGACUCACUUUUUCCCUCCUGAAAAGUAAGGGGAAAUGUAUGUGCGUCUUAUGGAGCGAAUGCAGGCUGCACAGCUAUCCCAGAAGCCAGAACAGCAAGAGGGAUUGUUGCUUUCACUGCACAGCGAUCCCUCUUGCUGUUCUGGCUUCUGAGAUUCAGAAUAUUUUUUUCUUGUUUUCCUCCUCCAAAAACUAGGUGCGUCUUGUGGUCUGGUGCAUCUUAUAGAGCGAAAAAUAUGGUAUUUCAUUGUUUUCCGGCGCUGCACAUAUAUGCAGUGAUGUGCGAGUCGAUUGCACAUAAGUGGGGGAACAUCAGUAGCUGCUAAGUCAAUUAGUCCCUUUUGCAGCCUUGUUGAGCGUAUGUAAGUUUUUCAUAAAUUUCAGCUUUGAGAAAUUGUGUUCACCACUCACCACUGACACUGGAAAUGUGAGAAGGAUCCUUACAGAAACAGAAAAUAAAGGCACAUUAUCCAGGAGUUUUUGUACUUGUAGCAGCAUAGACUUUGGUAGUCUUUGAGCUACUGCUAUAAGUUCACACCAUCAAUAUGUUUUGUUUCCACUGUGCAUCAGUGAUUUUUCCAAUUUCUUGCAGGCCUUUAGUACAUCUUCAGUAGAUGUUUUGUUGAUAGUGUAUAUAUCAUACAGGAAGCCAAACAGGGAAUUGUGUUGUAGCAGUUGGAAUCUCCCUUCAACAGAUUGUAUAGCCAUGACCUAAGAUAGCAUAGUAGAAACCUACUUCGGAUUUCUACUUUGAAUUUCAGCUGUAGCUCACUAGAAUAAUGAAUACAUUUUCUAAAUUAAAUUAAGAUGUGAUAGUAAGAUUUAAAAUUAAAUGAAUUUUCACUUUUUAUGUGGGUGUGUGGGUGUGUGGGUAUGUGUGUGUGAGAGAGAAUAAAGUUCUGUGCAAUACAUGGUGCAACAGUUGCACUAGCAGAAACUGGUUGUGCAUAAUCUGCAUAUCAUUUGCACAAACGGAGCAAAUCCCAAACAGCUGUUGGUGAGUAUAUGUUUGCUUUGCCAGAUGGUCAUUCGGAAAUUAUUGAUCCAAAUGGGGAAUUCCUCAAAUUAGUCUCCCCCCUCCUUUUUUUUUGGCUUUUAAAUGAUUGAUUUAUGUAUUUAUUAUUUAAAGGACUUAAUUGUUUUGCAGAGUGUGUUGUUUGUCAUACCAACCACAAAUGAAGAGAAUAUAUUUUACUGAAAUCAACAUGCUUAGGUCUAGAAUAUAGAAACAUUUUUUAAGUGAAAGCUAUGAUUUUCCCAUGUGCAAAAGCAGCCACGCAGCUGUGCUUCCAGGGCCAUAAGUAGCCCUCCGCGGGGAGCGGGGUUUGAAUGUAUUGCUCUCUGCUGAAGCCCAGACUCCUUCCUUGUGAUCAACUUUUCUCCUUCCCUGAUACAUCCACAAACCGGUGCUAUUUUCUUGCAGAAAUUUGUGAGCACCACUGUGCGCCCAACUCUGCUUCCUUACUCAGAGUUGUACAACUGGGAUGGCUGUGCCCGCUUUGUGGCAGACUAUCUCACCAUGGAGCCGCUUCCGUCUCCUAUCGCGCCGGUAAGAAACAGGGCCUUUUUGCAUUAUUUUCUUCGCUCAGAUUCUUUUAGGCCAUGUUAGCCAACAAUACUAGGGUGUGUGGGUUCUGCAGGAGAAUUUCUCAAGGUCAGAGCAAUGCAAAGAACAAUUCCGGGUGCUGGUUUUGACUUGGGAUCAAGUGAGACAGGAUGCUAAGCAUGUCAUUAACAACCACACUUGCUUCUUCUGGAAAAUUAAUAGCAGGUAUGGGGUGGGUGGGUGAUUUUCACCAAGGCUGCAAGAAGAAGGAAUGUUUAAUCCUUUCCUCCAAUGCUACAACCCCUUGCCAGCUUAUAUGAGCCCCAGGUAGCAGGAGGAAUGGAAGAAUCUGUCAGUUUCUCUCUGUUUCCCAUUUCUUUCAGUCUUAAAUUCAGUUCUACACAUUUAUCCAGCAAUUUGCAUUUAUGAAAAUAUUCUCAUGAAAAUUCACCAGCAUUUUAGCGUGAAUUUAUCCCCAUGAACACAUUUCAUAUGCAGUUUUGCCUCACAUGCUCACUUUUGCAAAGCAACAUCUCCUGAUAGAAUGGGUUUCUGUAUGUUAUUUUCAUGAAUCAAUGCAUUGUUAUACGUACUUUCCCCCUCGUAUAUUGCAUUUUUUGGUAGUCACUGUAGGAUUGGCAAGCUGCAUUCAAAAAUUUGAAGAAGAGAGUUUCAAAUGAUAUCUAUGUUUCGGUUCUGACUUUGUUUCAGAAAGUGUGAAUUUGACAAAUUCAGCUUUAAAUGUGAACCAAAAGACACUCCCUCCAUUCCUGUUCAGUAUACGGCAGCUUCCAACAACAACUUGUUGCUUGUAACCUGCCCAUCUGACUGGGAUGCCCCAGCCACUCUGGGCAGCUUCCAACAGAAUAUAAAAGAACACAUAACACAUCCUGUGUCCCUAACCCUUUCCAUGACUAUUUGGGCUGCAGGAAUAAUGCAGGGGGCUAUUCCGUUGAAAACAUGGUCUUUUGUCUACACAGCCCAGCUACCUGUACUCCCCGACUACGAUCCUGCGCUACCAGCGGGGGAACUGCUUUGACUUCAGCAUCCUGCUGUGCUCUCUGCUAAUUGGUGCAGGUUAUGAUGCCUACUGCGUCAAUGGCUAUGCCACCCGGGAAAUAUGCAUGAUGGAUGAGUCCAGGGAAGUGUGCCCACUCUUGAAGAAACCAGAAGAGGUGAGAGCUGUGGGUGUUUUCAGAGCCGAGCAGUGUGUGAGGGGCUUUAAUUAGGACCAGGGGGUGGGAUUUGAAGGGCAAAACAUCAGUUGACUCCUUGGCCCUGGCUCAAGAAAGCUUUGCUAACUCUGUUCUGCUGAUACUCUCCCAGCAGAUGGCAACAGGAGCCACUAGGAGGCAGCAGAGGCAUAAUUUUAAUGGGCAUCAGAAAGAUUUUUUCUCUCUCUCUCUUGUAUAUGUUGAUUACUUCUCUAUAUUUCUUUUUUCUUUUUUCAAAUUUAUAAAUUUUAUUUAAUCAUCCAUAUACAUCCCUGUAUUUCAACUGCAUAUUCUUAGACAUAUCUAAGGUAUCAUACCACAUUUAUAUGCUUAUAUAGAAACAUGUAAUUUGCACAUGGUCUUUAAUAUAUUCCGUGCAUAAAUACCACAUGCUACUUACACAUUUCAUCGGUACGUUUGCUAUACUAUGAAAUGCCUAAGAUCCUAUUUGAAAAGGUAUAAAGGCUGAAUAUUGUGUAUUAUAUAAUAAUAUGUAAAGACUACAUGCAUGCAUGCAUGUUAUGUAUUAACUGUGGCAUAAUUAAGAAAGAUCAAUAAAUAAACAAAUGAAUAGUGUAUCUAUGUUCAUGUAAGAGCACACAAAAUCAUACUCAUAAUAACAUUAAGUCAACCCCAAUCCCAAAAAGUUUAGACUAAUUUUUUUAUAUUGGUGUCUUGCCAAAUGCAAGGGGGUUCUUUUAAUGAGAUUCAGAAGCAAUACAAACAAAAGUGAGUGAGAAGAUUAAAGAUAUAUACAUUACCAAGCAAUAUAUACAUUACCAAGCAAUAUAUACAAUAUAUACACUACCAAGCAAGCACUUCAAUCUGCCACUGGGAAGCCCUCAAGAAGUGGCGAGGUGACCCCCAGGUAACCUCAGGUUGCACGAACCUGCAAUCGAUCAGUCCAUGCAUGAGCUUCUCAGAACUAUGCCCCCAAACCAUCUGAUUUCUUGAUAGCUAACUUGUUAGCCUACAUGCAUUGCCCAACUAGCUAGCGCAGAUUAUUAAUUGGCUAUCCUCCUCUUCCAAUACCACUCAUUCCUCCAAACAAUGUCUAACAGAAUGUACCCUGCAUUAUCACUGGCCUAAGAAGGUCAGAAUGUACCCUGCGUUAUCACUUCCUUCCAACAAAUUAAAGGCUGUUCUCAGCCAUCAAAGAGCAGAACCAAGAGAUAAAGAGGGGAAGUAAACAGAGGCAGGAAGAAAUGACGAUUUCAGAUCACUAAAUUCCUCGAAAUACAAAUAUCUUCCGGAAAAGAUUGCCCCUACAAUCGGUCCAAUGACUGGAGGAAUUCUGGGAGCUUCUGUGGGCGAGGACCCUUCUCCUUGUGGAAUGGAAGUGGUUUCAUUUCUCCAAGGGUGGGUUGGCCACCCCUUCCCCCAACGUUUUAGUCCCAUAGGUUACUGCAUCAGCUGAUGAGAAGCAAUUUUCAUCUUGGGAGUCUAAGCAUCUGCUUGCUUGCUUGCUUGCUUGCUUGCUUCUUCUGCUUCCCUUUUAAACAUACCUCUGCGUCCUUCCUUCCCAUUGGCCUUCCAGCAGCCCUGCAAGAUAGGUGAGGCUGAACAAUUCUGGCAGGGUUGCCCAGGUGAGCAAAGAUUUAAACCCAGAUCUCUCCAGACUAAGUCGAACAUUCCCUUUCCAGUACACCACAUUGGCUUAUACAGCAAGAUAUUUGCUCAUAGUAUGGCAAGUCCCAUUCCUGUCCACCCCCACUUCUGGCUCAUUCAUGAACUGUAAUAAGCCCACACUCUUCACACUGCCAGAGGCUGCCAAAUAAACACACACAACCUUGCCCAACUGCAUACAGGCACCCUCUGCUUAAUGGCAGUUCAUUUAAUCUGAAGGUAGACAGAAUGUGAUUGUAAUAUUCUGGCAGAUGAAAGGCAGUGUAAAUGAAUGAAUGAAUGAAUGAAUGAUGUAGCAGCUCAGUGGAGGCUGCUGUGAUUGGCACGGGUAGGACGGAAGGCAGGGAGUCCAACAGUAGGUAGUGCCAGAGCCAAUGAUAGACAGAGACAACUAAUUCUGGUCUUGUCCCCAUCCUCCUCCCUGCUGAGUUCUAUAAGGGCAACACAGACUGAGGAGCAUAGCUGUCAAUGUUUCCCUUUUUUUAAGGGAAAUUCCCUUAUUCCGAAUAGGAUUCCUCACAAGAAAAGGGAAAAGUUGACAGCUCUGCUGAGGAGGAGGAAGUGCCUUCAUCAGAACUCAAUGUAGUAAGAAGGCAAGGAGUGUGGGGCUGGCCAGGAGGAGGGUCAACACGAAGGGUCAGCACCCUACUUAACUGAAAGGACUUGCCUCCGCUGGAACAGCUUUCUUUUUGAUUUAUGACUACAGGUCGCAGUAGAGGCUACAAAACAGAAGCCCAAGAAGUACGCCAUCAAGCCCCCCCGGGAUUUAAGCAGCAAAUUUGAGCUGCGCCAGGAAGCCAAGCAGGAGGCAAUUGUGCAGGCUGCUCUGGAGAAGAAGCGGAAGGAGGAAGAGGAAAAGAGACUGGUGAGCAAGGCUUGCAGAAUUCUGUCUUGCUGCAGGCACACAGCCUGGAUGCGGAGAAGAACACCCACCCACCCCCUGGGAAGAAUCCUGGGAGCUGAAACAUAGUUCCCCCAAAACGUUUUCACUUGUGCAAAAACCACUCUGCACGCGCACACACACACACACACACACACACACACAUUUGUGCAUUCAUUAGGAUUGCCCUUCACUUGAUCUUACUCAAAAUUGCCUUCAGUGACAUAAUCCUCAUUUAGCGACAGCAUGGUUUGUCUGAGCAUCUGACCUCAGCCCAGCCAACUAACCAUGGUUAGUUUUCUGACAACAAACCAUGAUGUGAAGCCAUGGGGUUUUUUGCCAACUUACAAACCAUGGCUAAGUUUACCCAACAGCCCAACAGCCUUGUUCAGCUGUGAUGAUUUCUUUGGCCACCUCAAACAUUCAUCAGACUGCGGUGGCACAAAGCAAGAACAGCUAGAAAACAAACCAGGUUUUGGAGAAACAAACAAUGGCUUGUUUUUUCAUCUCUUGAACAAACCUUGAUUAAAGUAAACCAUGGCUCAGUGAUGUGCGCAAAGGGGAAGAACAAUUUCUUUUAGUUGUAUUAUAGUCAUUGCUCUUCUUUGUUUCUGUGUGGCAGGAAGCUGAGAAGCCCCCGCCAGACAAUCUGUAUGGUCUCCGGGUCCAUGCCUGGGUUCUGGUUCUUUCAGGCAAGCGUGAAGUGCCAGAGAGUUUCUUUAUCGACCCAUUUACAGGGAAAAGCUACAGUACCACAGACGAUUACUUCCUUGGUAUUGAGAGUGUCUGGAACCACCGGAAUUACUGGGUCAAUAUGCAGGACUGUUGGAAUGCCUGUAGGGUAAGCCAACGGAAUGACUGGCUGGGUCUGAGUGUGGAACAAUUAAUUGACUUCUGGCUAGAGGGGAAAUGUUUCUCUUCACCAGAUCUAGCCUGAGUGAUACCCUCUAGUUGUUGUUAGACUACAACUCCCAUCAGGCUCAGCCCACAUGAGUGAUGGCCAAGGAUGAUGGGAGUUGUAGUCCAAUAGCAUCUGGAUUUGUAGUGGUUGGCUAUGUAAGCUUGGGGCCACUGACAAAUGGGAGCUAUCAUGCAGUCUAGGAGUGUUGAGUAGUGGGAUGGGGAACCCUGCAGGCUCUCCAGAUGUUGUUGGACUCCAACUCCCAACAGCCACAGCCAGCAGACCAAUGGUUGGAGAUGAUGGGAUGCGUAGCUCCUGGAGCCCUCUUUGGAUCCAUCACAAGGCACAUGCCUCUCCAAAAUAGUCCUGCCUUUGGCACACUCUUCCCAUUCUAAAUCAGGGAUGGCCAAAUCGUGGGUUGUGAACAUCGCCAAAUGCAAUUUGACCAUGACACACAGGUGGCUGCCCUCUCUUUCCACCCUGGCAAAACAGAAGGGGUGUUCACACAUUACAUCCAAUGAUUGUACAAUCCAUUGAGCUGCACCCCCUUGCAGUGAUUCGUUCAACAAGUGUUCCGUCUGCGUAACUGUGAGCAUGGUAGCGGAGCUGCCCAAAUCAGAAUGCGUCCAUGCAUAGAAACAGCUUAUUAUACCUGUCUUUGCUGCAAUGUGUGAAGGAGCCUCCAGGGAAGGAAAGGGACAGAGGUGGGAAAGAGCAAAUGGAGGACAGGGUGGGGGCGCAGCGGCAGCGUCUCUGAAUGAUCUGGACUCAGAGCAUCCCUUGCAAAGUUCCUGAGAUCUGAUUCCUUUGGCAACUGAUUGUUUUUCCAGGAUCUCCAGUUUGACCUCGGGGACCCCGUGCGGUGGGAAUUCAUGUUGCUCGGCACUGACAAGCCCCUCCUGUCCCUGCCAGAAAUGGAGGAGGAAGAGGACCUUGCGGAGGACGAGGUGGAUGACAUGGUGAGCCAUCCCGCCUUCUUCCUUGCAGUGCCAGAGGAUUCUGUGCUGUGCACUAGCUCUUCCUGAGGAUGGGCUCAUGCCUUCCAGCAGCUUCCCCAACCUGGUACCCUCCAUAUGUUUUGGACUACAAAGACCAUCAGCUCCAGUUAGCAGGACUGUGCUGACUGGGGCUAAUGGGAGCUGUAGUCUAUUGACAUGAUGUCACCUAUUUACAUAGGAUCAGAAGUCACUUGAGCAGCAAAAGAUCCUAAGAAUGCCCUCAACCCCCCCAGUUCAUUGUCCCCAUGACAUGGACUCAGCUUAUCACCGAACUUUCAUCGUCCCAGUUUCCAAGAGCUGACACUCCUGGCCUGACCAGAAGUAAAUGGGGUGGCAGGUUGGACCUGAAGUGAUGUUACAUAGCUGUGGUUGAUCCCAGGAAAUGUUCUUUCCUUCCUUGUUGGACCAGACAGCAGGUGGGUGGCAAAGGGGAAAGAAGAGAACCUGAAAUAGCAUUUGGCGUUCAGCAGCAGAGGAUCAAAUAGAGCAAUGCAGGAGAUCAGGAAGAGGCUGGCUGACUCAGUGGCAAGUCAAGACAGUGAUUCCUUGCCAUAUCAGAUAUGGAAAGUAGAUGGGGUUUGCCCAGAUGAAUAUGGGGGCAGGUGUUUUGGGCAGAGCAGGAUUCAGCCUCCUAACGGCUUCUUCUCCUGGGUCUUCUUGAUAGAUGAAGGAAGAGGAAGCAAAGGGCUUUGACAUGCCUGCAUCUUGGGUGGAGCAGAUCCAGAUAUCUCCAAGAGGUAUUCUCCCCACCAUCACCACCUUGACUGUGUUGUGAGUGGCCAAAGUGUAGAUCACUGAUGCAGCUCCUUGGUGCUUCAGGGAUUGCUUCUGGAGAAUUUAAGAGUGAGGCCAUUCAAAACUGUAUUGUCCUCUUCCUCCUCCCUAUUCUUCCUGGGGCUGAGAGAGCUUGGGAGAAGACAAAGGUCAAUGUCAAUAAAGACCUUCCUUGGAUGCUUUUAAACAGAGGUUGGAUGGCCACCUGUCAGGGAUUUUUUUAGUUGUGAUUCCUUCAUUGCAAGGGGUUAGACAGGUCUUGGGGUUCCUUCCAGCUCUAUGAUUCUGUAGGUCGUGCUGGCCUCAGUGACCAGUUGGAAGCUCAUGGGUUGGGGAAGGAAAGGAGCCGGAGGAUCAGUUGUGGAUCAGGAAGCAACGAAGGAUGAAAGGACUAUAGAAGGCUCAGACCAGGCAGAAUACAGCAGGCACUUCAGGCAGCAAAUGAAGGGGCCGAAGAGCAGCAGCAAAACAUUGGAGGAUGAAGCUGUGUAUAUCCAUGGCCUGACACCCCUCCCCACUCAAAGACAGCUGCUUGCACUGUAGUCAGGUGCAGCUGUCUGUCCAUUUGGCUUCUGUACAUGGGAAUGGGAGGGCCGCCAUCUUUGCUUCAGGCAGCAGAAUGUCUUGGGCUGGCCCUGUGAGGGGGCUCAAAGGAGCCACAGCAAUGUCUAGGCUGGUCUCUGGUGAGCAUGUGAAGAUGUGAAAUCCAAGGACGUUGAUCAGCUGACUGUUGAGGCCUGCGUAGCACCUUGCAUGGAACAUUAGAAUUAUAGAAAUGCAGAGCUGGAAGGGACCCCAAGGGGCCCUGUAAUGCAGGCAGAACUAAAAGACUUCAAAACUUUAACACCAGCACUUGGACCACCUAAUGUAACACUACAGAUAGUGUAUUCCAGUGAGAAGUUUAAAUGGGGAUUUGUUUAUUUAUUUAGAGCAUUUGUGCCUCACUUUUCAGCCCAAAAAGGCUCCCAGAGUGGUUUACAGGCCGUCAGUUAAAACUAGACAGUCCCUGCCCCUUCAGGCUUACAACCUAAAUGACAUCCAAGGAGAAAGUGAGAGAAGGAGGCAGGGAGACAAGCUCAGGUGCCAGUUCUUAAAUACUUACUUGUUCUUAUGAUGACUGGUUUGCAGAGCAUUUUGUACCAUUAAAAUGCAUGCUCCAUGGCCAAUGGUCAUCUUUGUUCGUCUUCUUGCUCCUAGAAUUCGAGACACGUUGCCCCCAAGGCAAGAAGGUGAUUCAGUACAAGAACGCCAAGCUGGAGAAAUGGGCGCCGUAUCUGAAUAGCAACGGACUGGUCACCCGCCUCACCCUCUUUGAAGAUCCAGACCGUGAGCCAGCUCUCUGGGGUUCUGGACAGGGGUCUCUCCCAAGCCCACCUAGAGAUGCUGCCAGCGAUUGCACCUGCUGGGGGACAUCUGCAUGCAAAGCAGAUGCUCUACCCACUGAGCCACCAUCUUGGCAUUGCCGAAAGUUGCCUGAGUUUAUGGGGCUGAUAGGAAUUGCAGCCCAACACCACCUGGAGGGCAUCAUGCUGGGGAAAGCUGGUUUUCACAACGCAAUCAUUUACACCAAUCUUUCAUUGGGUUCUCAUUUACUGUAGUCAAGGUCUGAUUGCUCCCAACACCCUUCUAGCAUAGUCCACAAAUGAGUGGAGGGGUUCAUUUAUUAUUGCACUUAUAUCCUGCCUUUCUCAAGCAGCAAAACAUCCAGGGCCACCCCAUGUGUAAGCCGCCAUUGCCAUGGAUUGUUCUCUUCUCCUCCUAAGGCACCAAAGUGCUGGAAGUGAAGGAAUGGUACAAGAACCGGGAAGACGUGUUGGAUACAAGAGAGCUGAAUAAGAAAACGGAAGUGACGAAGGAGUUCUUCAUGCCUGGGCAUGUGCAAGGCCUCAAAGGUGUGUGUUUUUGUAUUGUAAUUUUAUGUUGUGAACUGCCCUGAGAUCUACGGGUAUAGGGCGCCAUACAAAUGUGAAUGAUAACAAUAACAACGGUAGCCAAGCCUUUUCUCAAUGUCCUGGUUCAGGCACUGAAGUCUGGGGCUGUUUCUCCAGCAGCAUCUCAUUCCUGAGUCUCAGCUUCCUUGGUUCUCUGCCAGGCCCUGAUCCAGGCAGGCACUUUCACAACCUUCUCCAUCCUCUGAGUAGACUCACACACAGCUGGCAAGGCUCUUCACCAGCAGAUCGAAAGCGCCUGCCUAGGGUCGCAGCUUCUCUGCUUGUGUGGCCCUGCAAGUGACUGGCAGGAGCAUUACAAUUCAUGGAGGAGAGGGCUAUCAAUUGCUACUGGCAACAACUGCUAUGCUCUGCUCCACAGCUGGAGGCAGCAAUGCUGCUGAAUACCAGUUGCUGAGAAUCACAGGAGGGGAGAGGGCUCUUGUAUUAGAAUACUGCUUAUGGGCUUUCCAUUGGGGCAUCUGGUUGGCCACGGUGAGAACAGGAUGCAGGACUUGGUUGGCCUGAUCCAGUGGGAUCUGUUGAUGUUCUUACUGGCAACAGAGCUAUGCUUCCAGAGCAGUUGUGCUGCUGUGCCAGUGGAGGGGCCCUUUUGCCCCAUCCAAAACUCUCUCAACAGGCUUGCUGUUAAGGUAUGUAUGCUUCAGCCCACCAAUUGCAAUAAUCAUGAAUGUGUUUGCCGGUUAAGAUAUGCCCCAGAGGCUCUGAUCUGGUUACCCAUCAGUAGCCCUGGGGAGUUACUGAGAUGGGGCAUUUGCAGUGGAACUAUAAUAAUUAUAAUAAUUGUUUAUUUAUACCCCGCCCAUCUGGCUGGGUUUCCCCAGCCACUCUGGGUGGCUUCCAACAAGAGAUUAAAAUACAAUAGUCCUUCAGAUAUUAAAAGCUUCCCUAAACAGGGCUGCCUUCAGAUGUCUUAAAAGUCUGGUAGUUUUUUUCUUUGACAUCUGGUGGGAGGGUGUUCCACAGGGCGGGCGCCACUACCAAGAAGACCCUCCAUCCCCAGAUGUGUUUUGCUGGUGCCUUCUCUCUGCUAUCCUUUAGGCUGUAGGAGAAAAUCAUCCCAUCCUUUAAUCAGAUCAUCUGUUGCUUCUCAAUUGGGCUCUUAAUUGCAGGUUUUAUUAUGCAUAGAACUGUAGAGUUGGUAGGGAACCCAAGGACCAUCUUUUCCAACUACCAACAAUGCAGGAAUCACAGCUCAAGAACCCCUGACAGAUGGCCAUCCAACCUCCGUUUAGAAUUCUCCAAUGAAGGAAGAGUCCACCACCUUCCAAGGUUCCACUGUGGAAUAGCUUAUAUUGUCAGAAAAUUCUUACUAAUAUUUAAUCAGGAUCUCCUUUCUUUUAACUUAAGUUCAUUGGUUUGGGACCUCUCCUCUAGAGCUGGAGCAGGAGAAGACAAGCUUGCUCCAUCUUCCAUACGACAGGCCUAUGAAUGUGGCCAUCAUAUCACCUCUCACCGUGCUAUCUUGUAUUUUGCAGGAUAUAAAUGUAACACAUCAAAUAAAUAAAAAUAACAUACCUUUUUUACCUGGCAAUUCACCCUUCUAUUUUGGGUUCCUAGCGCACGACUACUUGACGAUGGACCCCGAAACAGAUCGCACCAUGGAGUUUUAUAGCGAGACGCGGGUAGACGGCCUUCAGAAACGGGUUGAAACUCCCAAUGAAAUGGAGGAGUAUUUUGAAGGACGGUCGGAUUUCCUGUAUUACCGGCACGCUGAGUUUGGCAAAAGAAUAAAGAAACCAGGCAACGCUGCAGCCACCACUGAAAGCAAUGCCCGACCUAUACUGGUAAGUGGAGCACAGGGGCUCCGAGUACAGCUGGGGUAGCACGUUGCCCCCGAGAAACAGAGCUGCAGAUCAGGAAGCCCUUGAUUGGCUCUGGUGCCACCUACUGUUGGCCUCCUUGCCUUCUUCCCUAACAGUCCCAGUGGGCACCAGCCACCACUACCCACAGGUUAGCCCUCCCAACUCUUUGCCAUUGCUCCCAGCAUCCACUGACUCACUCUGUCUAAUGCUAGAGCCAGCUCAAUGUGUGGCAUAACAUCGCCAACUGCUGCUGUGCCAAAAACUUGAAUCUCCUCCUCUCCCUCGCUCUCUCUCUCUCCCUCCACCCACCCACUCCCUCCUGUUAACUUGGUGGCUAGGAGUUUGAUCCCAGCUGACACCCCCUUUUUCUCUCCACACGCUCUUCCCAGAAAAUCACUGAGAGGUUCCACAGGAACCCAGAAAAACCAGCUGAUGAAGAUGUGGCAGAGCGCAUCUUUUCGAUAGUGGAGGAGAAGAUCUUCUUGACCUACCACUGCAAGGAGAACUACAUCACCCCCUCGAAGAGGGACUUCAACAAGCGGGCAGAUGUGGACAGCAUGGGGAAUAAGAUCAUCAUGACCCCUGAGAUGUGCAUCAGUUACCAGGUAAAAAAUAGAUGGGGAGAUCUGCAUGUUGCAGAGAGCAACUGGAGUCGCAGCUGAGAUGGGGCAGAGAACUUAAUGGGUUGUGGCUGGCAAGGAAGCCACUGGCAACAAACCUCAAGGCCUGGUCUUGUUUUUGUCAUAGAAUUAACUUCAGUGUGUGCAUUUGGGGACAUGCAUUUUAACAGAUUUCUUUUUUAAAAAAUAUGGCAGCUAAUUAGCUGGGUAAGAGCCACGUGGACUACUACUCACCAUACCUAACAGCAGGGCUGGCUUUGGUCCUCACAUACUUCUUCCUCCCCUUCCCUUAAUGCACUGUGAUUCCCUCCCUCUUUCCUCAUACGAGGCAAUCCAUGGUUUGGCGUUGCAUUCAAAUAAGGGAAACAAUGGUUUGUGAUCAUUAUUAUGAUUACUUUGAUUUCUUACCCCUUGUUCACCAGAAGACCCUAGGGCAGGUUUCAACCAUUUAAAACGCAAUAUUAACAACAGUUCAAAACAAGUGACAGUCACAGGAAUAGAGUGAGUCCUGAAAAUAGGUCGCCCUUAAAAUCAGCAUUGGAAAUCAUGGUUGGGUCGUGGUUUGCAACUGAUAGUUUGUCUGCUUGGGACGUGUGUGUAGCAAUCUCAGGUUUCUCUCAAAACAGGAAGCAGAGGAAGAGAGAAGAAAUCAGUGUGUGAGGGGAGGUGUGAGCUUGAGGCUUCUGGCAAGUUUAUGCUCUUAGUGCCCAGCUGUGGUUUGGUGGUGUAUCUCAGUGGUGUAUCUCAGCUGAACUUGUGUGCUGUAGCAGAUUGCCUGUUGAAUGGCUGCCGGCUGGGCUAUGAAAUCCCAGGUGGGUUAUGAAGCCCUACAAGUGAGCUUGGGCCAGCCAACCAUUUCUCAGCCCAUCCUGCCUUACAGGGUUGUUGUGGGGAGAAAAUGAAGGUGACCCUCCGUCCCCCACAGCUACUGCAGCUUCUUGAAGGAAGGGCACUGUGGAAAACUAAGUAGUAAUAGGAGUAUAUUUUAAUGCUGCCACUGGCUGACCAUUUUUUGUAUGGAUAUCGAUGACUAACUUUUAGGUUAACUUUAAGCUCGUUAGCAUCCUGUUCUUACAGUGGCAAACCAAACACCCCAAAGGGAAGCCUGCAAAGAGCUCCUGAGUGCAACAGCACCCUCUUUACUUGUGAGUCUCACAACUGGUAUUCUGAGGCAUACUGCCUCCCACAGUGGAGGGAGAACAUAGACAUCAUGACCAGUCACCAGGAAAUUGUCUGAUCCUCUUUCAAAACCAGUGAAGCUGCCUUUUUGAGGAUCCUGGACAUAUGUGCAAGUUGAUGUGCAAUGCCAGAAUCAUGUGCCUUCAAUGCCUCUAAGAGUGACCCUACACUGUUUUGAGGCGGGUGGUGGGGGUUUACAAUCAAGUGGUCUAUACAUUUUAUGAAAGAAAUAACUCUGAAAUUAGCUGUGAUUCCCGCAUUGUGGGGGCAGGGGGCCAGAUGUUGCAUUGGGUCUCUUCCAGCACUGUGGUUCUGUGAUUCUGUGUGCCAUCUACACCUCUGAGAGUGACCCUCCCUUAAACCCAAGAUGUCUUAUGUGUUUUGGAAGGGCUGGCCAUUCCUUCCCCUCCUCUUCCCCCUUCCUCACAGGCUCCUUUGCCUUUAGGCAGGGUCCACAGAGAAGGAAAAGAAGCUGUUCCACCUGUAUGAAAUGAUGAUGCACCUGAUAGAGGAUGAGAAGAAAUCCCGGCACCUAGUGUGGGAGUCAGAGAUGGAGGUAAUGGGAAAGGAGUGGAAGGCGGGUCAUAGCUUAAUAGUGGCCAAAGGCUUUGUCUACAAGCAAAAUAGCUCACAGAGCAGAUUUGGGAAAGACCCCUUCCUGAGGCCCUGCAAAGCUGCUGCUAGUUUGAGGAGGCAGAGUUGAGAUUUUAAUGCAUUGCAUUCAUUGUUCUACUCACCACUGGCAUAUGGCCCUCAAAAGAUUGCCUAGAAGGAAAUGUGGCACUCAGGAUGAAAAAGACUCUCCCUGCCUCUAUUCCAAAAUAUAAUGUGUGCCAUUAACUAUCACAUUUGCUAAACACAAAACCACCUACUCUCCUUUUUCAGAUGUGGUGGAUCUUUUGUUUUUGUGUGUGUUUUUUUUAAAGUUUUCUGAGUCUUUCUAAGCUCCAGCAAUCUCUCAUGCACAGAGUGUGCUAUGCACACUGGCCGAAGGGGUGUGUUGGCAACAAGGUUAUUGCUAACAUUUCUAUCCCAUCAAAGGUCCUGGAUAUUCUGAGGAUUCGAGAGGAAGAAGAAGCAGCCAGCAAGUUGACCGUGUCUAUUUAUGACACCGAGAGGAAUGAGAAGAGCAAGGAACAGCGAGAGGCAAUGGUAGGUGAUGAGGGUCAUCUUUAAACUCAGGAACAUUCAUUCAUUCUUUACAUUUAUAUCCCACCUUCCCUACAAGGAGCUCAAGGUGGUGUACAAAAUUCUCCCCAUUUUAUUCUCACAACAACCCUGUGAGGUAGGUUAGGCUGAGAGGCAGUGACUAGCUCAAGGUCACCCAAUGAGCUUCAUGGCCAAGAGACGAUUUGAACUCUGGUCUCCCAGGUCCUGGUCUGGCAUUCUUAACCACUGCAUUCCCUCUUCCCAGGGAACCCUCCCUCUGCUAGUGGUGGGUGGGGCCAGAGGCCAAAGUGGGUGGAGCAAUGGAUGCCGCCGUGCUAGGCUCAUUCCGGCCAUGCAAAAGUAAAAGGUUUCUGCACACACAAACCCCUCCAUCCAGGCAAGCAAUUCUGACAGUUCCAGCUGGCCAAAGCACUCGAGGUGGUUGUGGAGCAGGGCUGGGUGGGGGGGAGUGUGGCUUGGGGAGCAUCCAAGGGCCAGAAGGAGAGCUCUGAAUGCUUGAAUUCUGUCCCCAGGCCCCUGACAUGGAACAUACAAAAGGCCCCACUGAACCAGGUCCUGUUCUCAGGGUAGCUGUGAGAAUCAAACUCAUAAGAAAAUAAAAGAGCUUUCUGGGUCAGGCCAGUGGGCCAUCUACUCCAGCAUCCUGUUCUCACAGUGGGAAACCAGCAAGCAGGAUUCAAGCACAGAAGCCCUCUCCCUGUCCUGCGGUUUCCAGCAACUGGUGUUCAGAAGCAUUGUUGCCUCCAACUGUGGAGACAGAGCCCAGCCGUGGCAGCAAGCGUAGUACCCACAGGCUUUCUCUUUUUAUCCCCUCCUCCAGGAGCGCCAGCUGCAAGAGGAGCGCCAGCGGCAAGUGGAGCAGGAUCUGGACUACCUGGCGCCUUUCCUGAUCCAGAUUGGUGGCAUCGAGAAGAUGACCAAGUGGCUGGCUUUGCGCCUGAAGGAGGACUGCCUCACCGAUUUCAAGCACCGUCUCGUUGACAAGGCCAACCUCAUCCAAGCGCGUUUCGAGAAGGUGCCUCCUCUUUCCUCCACCCUUUGGCUUUCUUGGGGGGAGGGCCAAAGCAUGAUGAGCUUUUACUGCCUCUUUGGGGCAGAGAAAUUCAACUCAGUUCACUUUUAAAGGCGAAGGUACGUAAUCCACAAUUUCCAAAACAACCGAACCAGCACAGCUGGUUAUGGACCACACCUCAGCUUUUGUUCCAAAUGGAAUGACAGCCAGCUCCUUCUCCUCCAGACCUAAGCUGCCCAGUGCCUGACCCUUGCUAAGCCCUGGUCCAAUGCCCCUCCUUCCCCUCUCUCCACAAUCCUUUCUCUGCCUCUUUCUCCCUGCACAGGAAACCCAGGAGCUCCAGAAGAAGCAGCAAUGGUACCAGCAGAACCAGCUCAACAUGACCCUAGAGGAUGAGGAUGCCUACCUGACUUACUGCUCAGAUGCCAUGUUCCGCAUACGCAUCCUGGAGCUCCGCCUCAGCAGGUACAGCAAGCAAAUUUUUAUAGAUGAGUUGUAUGAACCUGCCCAAUGGUUAAGGCCUACCUCAGAGUCCCUGCAGGUGUGCCUGCCUGCUAGCUCUAUGCUGUUGGCAGGCACAAGGGCCGGGGGCUUUUCUGUGGUGGCUCCCAGGCCUGUAGAACUCCCUCCCUGAAGAUGGGUGCAUGGCUCUGAUGCUGCAGGCUUUAAAUCAGGCACAGCAUCCCAAAGAGCAUAAAUGUCUGCAAUGUAGAGGAUAUGCCUCUAUUUUCCUCAUCUUUUUCUUCUUCUUCCCUUCUCAGGCACAAAGAGAGAGCUCCGCUAAAAUACAUAGCGUUGGAAGAGAAACUAUGCAAAGACCCUCGCCUGUCUGAACAUCUCAGAUUUUAUAUGUGA